AGGAACGGCCCUAUAAAUUUGGAUUCAUACAAUUCGUUGAACAGCAUCCCUAGCUCGAAGAUCGAAGAAAGGUUAUUAUUUGAAGAUGAAGAAAGGAGGAGCUGCCCCCAUGGUUGGUGGGCAAGGCCGAUAUGGCUACUUUCACAACUCAUCCUUUCAAAAAAACGGCUUUUUGGCUGUCAAAGAUAUGGUACGUAAAGCAAUUGUUGACAAAUUUGAUGUCCCAGUUCAUGGGGGCACAAUUCGAAUCGCAGACCUUGGCUGUUCAGUUGGACCAAACACAUUCUAUACCAUGCAAACUAUUGUUGAUGCAGUCUUGCUGAAACUGAAAAAACUAACUUGCUGUGAUCAAGUGGAUGGAGUGGAAUUCCAGGGGUUCUUCAAUGACCAAUUCAGGAAUGAUUUUAACUUGCUCCUCAAUUCCAUCCCUUCCGACCAAACAUACUGUGUGGCAGCAGUGCCUGGAUCGUUUUAUUCGCGGCUGUUUCCCCGAGCAUCAAUCCAUUGCUUUAAUUCUUCAAUGUCGCUGCAUUGGCUAUCCAAGCCUCCCGAUGGUGUAGCCAACAAGGGGAGGAUACUCUAUUUUGGCGGUGGGCCAGACAUUCUAAAUGCUUAUAUUGCACAGUUCAGGUUGGACAUGAUGGCAUUUCUAAGUGGAAGGGCAGAGGAACUAGUGACCGGAGGACUGCUGAUUCUUCAAUUCUUGUGUCGCCCUAAAUGCAUGGCACCUGAUGCCGCUCGCUAUGAUAUCGUGAUUAGCUUCGUUGAGCCGAUUCUUCGAGAAUUUGUUAUGGAGGGUAAAGUGAAGGAAGAGGAGCUGGAUUCGUUCCAAAUGCCAUUGUUUGCACCGAGCAUCGAGGAGUUCAAAGAGGUGGUAGAGAUGAACGGGUGCUUUACCAUCCAUGUGGCAGAACAUGUGAAUCAAGGGUGGGGAUUGAAAGGGGGAGGAGAUGAAGGGACUGAGGCUGAUCUCGAGCAGCUAGCACAAAGCAUGAGCAUUAACUCGAGGGCAAUUUGUGAGAAAAUGUUGAGCGACCAUUUUGGCACUGACAUCUUGGAUGAGCUUUUCCAAAGGUUCCCAAACAAAGUGUACCAACACUUCUCUGCUCUAAUUCCUUCCAUACCUUCACCUCCGCCAACUGCAUUCUUUGUUCUGCAGAAGAAGCCACAUUCUCCUGCAUAGUUCCUUUUGCUUCCUAACUCCUCCUCUUAGGGGAUGAGCAAUGCUAUUAUGAAUUUUACCAAUGAAUAAAGUGUUACACCAGUUUAUAUCUA